CUCGGAAAAUGUUCCCGCUGUCUCCUCUGGUCCUCCUGGUCCCCGCCGCGCUCUUCCUGGCCGCGCACGGGGCCGGGGACCUCCACGGAUUCACCUUCCCCGGCGGGAGCGCAGGGUUCGACCCUUCAGAUCCCUGCAUGGUGGUGUCUCCACCAUGCAUGAGUGAGGCCGAUCGCUACAGCCUGGAGGCCCUGCGGAGCAUCCACCAGAUGAUGGACGAUGACCAAGAUGGCGGGAUUGAGGUUGAGGAGAGUGUGGAGUUCAUCAUUGAAGACAUGAAGCAGCAGCAGACCAACAAACACAACAUGCUGCACAGAGAAGACCAACACAUUACAGUGGAGGAGCUCUGGAGGGGCUGGAAGUCCUCUGAAGUUCACAAUUGGACUCAAGAUGAGGUGCUCCGCUGGCUGAAGGAGUUUGUUGAGUUGCCACAGUAUGAAAGAAACUUUAAAGACUUUAAAGUCAAUGGAAACACACUCCCGAGGAUUGCAGCUAAUGAGCCGUCAUUCCUGAGCGGCCAUCUGAGAGUUCAAGACCAGAGAGACAAACAGAAACUCAACAUCAAAGCUCUGGAUGUAGUUCUGUUCGGCCCACCGACACGCCCUCCUCAUAAUUACAUGAAGGACCUGCUUCUCAUCGUGUCUGUGGUGAUGGGAGUGGGAGGCUGCUGGUUUGCCCAGGCUCAGAACAAAGCCAGCAAAGUCCACAUUGCCAGGAUGAUGAAAGAUUUAGAAAGUCUGCAGAGGGCUGAACAGAGCCUUAUAGACCUGCAAGAACAACUGGAACGAGCCCAGGAGGAAAAGCGUAAUGUGGCAGAGGAGAAGCAGAACCUGGAGGAGAAGAUGAGGGACGAGAUUAUGGGCGCGCAGGAGGAGGCUUACCGGCUGCACGAGCUGAGGCAGGGAGCCGUCAGUGAGCUCAGCCGCCUCCGAUAUGCAGAGGAGGAGCUGGAGCAGGUCCGUGGAGCUCUGAAACAGGCUGAGAAGGACAUGCAGGCCAGCUGGACUGUCUCCGAGAUCCUUCAGCAGUGGCUGCAGAUCACCCAUGAGGUCGAGGUUCAGUACUACAACGUUAAAAAGCAGAGUGCUGAGCUGCAGCUUGCUACCGCCAAGGAAGAGGCAGAGAGGAUCAAGAAAAAGAGAAGUUCUGUUCUGGGGACUCUUCAUGUGGCUCACAGCUCCUCUCUAGACCAGGUUGACCAGAAGAUCUUGAAGGCAAAGAAUGCCUUGUCCGAAGUCACGGCCUGCCUGCGGGAACGUCUUCACCGCUGGCAGCAGAUCGAGCUCCUCUGUGGCUUUCCGAUCAUCAGAAACCCCGGCCUCGCAAACCUCACUGCCCAACUCUACUCGGACUCAGUCACUCUGGGAGUACCGCGAGCGCCACAGCAGCCUUGUUCAUGUCACAGCUCCAUCCAGGGAUCAAUAGAGGAUCUCCUAGAGGAGCCUGCCGCUCCAAUCAUACCACAGAAGCCAGUUCCAGUUCCGCCACUGAAACGUUCUCCUCGGACACGGGGAUCCGCCAUAUGUCGGUCACGUCGUUCAGGCACCAUGUCUCAGCCAUCGGCUGGCUUGAACUCCUCGGACCCCGAUCUCCUCGCUCCCAUCCGAACCCAUUACCCUGGCUACGACGAACAAGAGGGACGCUUUCUGAAAACCAUGAAGAAGCAAAAUUCCCAAGAGAAGUACGCAGACUCAGAAUAUGCGGCUCCGCAGCCUCUCAAUAAAAUAUUUCCUGGUUCCACUGCUGACUGUACCUCUCGAAAGCUCUAUCUCGAUGAAACUGAACCACUUACAGAUACUUCAGCUACAAGUCCUUUGAGUAAAGAAGCAGAGGCUGUUGUUGAAUCUCCAGUUCGGAAAGUUUCAGUGGAAGAACUUGAAGCUUCUGCUGACAUUUUCUGUAGGAAGGUGUCAAGAGACAAAGCCUUCGAGUCUUCUUUGGAAACACCUUUGAGGAUGCCCACACAAGAGUCCAUCAUGGAUACAUCAAGAAAGAUAUCCCGAGACAGAAGUGACGUUCCAGUGGAUGUCGUUCUCCGAAAAGGUAGUUCAAAUGAAUCAGAUGCAGAGUUUUCACUCAGGAAAGUAGAGAAAGACACCGUUGGGGAUUUGAUGGAGAUUCCAUCGAGGAAUAUAUACAGAGAAAGAAGUGAUGUCCAACUGGAUGUUAGGAAGAUUCUGUGGAAUGAAUUAGAAGCAUCAACAGAUGUGGCUUCAAGGAAAAUAUCAAGAGAUAUGCUGGGAGCUUCUGUGGACAGCGUCUCAAGAAAGAUCUCAAGAGAUGAUACUGAACGCACAUUUGAAGUCAGACGAAUUACAAAAGACACAAUGGGAAUAUCCCAGGACACAGGUUCCUGGAAGCUCCCAUGGAGCAAAGGAGAAGGCCUUCUGGAAGCCCCUGUGAGGGUGUUAGUGAAGGAUACAAUGGUCGAGACUGUCAGAACGGCACCAAGAAAGAUAUCUAGAGACGAACUGGAGUAUUGCACUGAUGCUGCUGCCAUCAAGAUGCUACCUCGAGAGAAACUUGAAGCACUUAUGGAUACCUCGUCCCUGACAGAGAAGCAAGAAUUUGGUUUGGAACCAUCGGCAAGUAGAAAGAUAUUGAGAAAUGAGCCCGAGAUGCCUGCCGGUUCUCUCAGAAGAAGGAUGCCACGGAUGCUAAGAGAGGACACUGACAUUUACUUGGACACUCCAACUGGAAAAGUCUCCUGGGAUAGGCUUGACGAUCCAGUAGAAUAUAAGCAAGCCCUGCUGAGGGGGGAGUUAGGAGCGCUUGAGUCAAGUUCUUAUCCGAGCCGAAGUGGGCAGCCAGACCUGAUGUUGACCGCCCAGGCGCCGAGGAAGUCCUCAUCAGACAUUUUCUCCGUCGGUCCCUUGAGCCAGCUCGUGUACGACGGCAUCCUUGAAAAGUCGUGCAACCCCAUGACGUCGAGCCCAGCCAGCCUCUCGGCCUCCACGCCAAACCUGCCUCAGAACAGGCUGCAAACAGAGACAGAGCCGCCCCCGCGGCCCCCCAGGGGCGUCUCCUCUUCUUCUCUUUCGCCCUCUGACAGCGGAGAGGAGAAGAACAAGGAGAAAGAGAAGAGCAAGAAAUCUAUGAAACUUAAAAAUCUUUUCAAAAAGAAAAAUGAGCCAAAUCCAGAGAAGGUUCAAAGUGGCCUUCAAAAACUCUGA